AUGGGCUGUGUACAAUCCAAAACUGAAGAUGUGACGACUACGAAUCCACCAGACGUCUCUGCUGAGUCGAAACCUAUUCCUGCCGACGAAUCCAAGGUUGAGAAAUUACAAGCUGAAGAGAUUGAAACACCAGCUGAAGUGGUUGAGAUACCAGCUGAAAAGAUUGAGACACCGGCUGAAGAGAUCAAGACGGAGGUCAAGCCAGAGACUUCAGAAUCUUUGAAAGAUCAAUACAAAAUCACGGAUCACGAGAUUAACGAGAAUGGUGUCGUUUUCUACGUCGUCGAAAGUGAGACAAGCUUCAAAAAGCGCUUUAGUGACUUUAAAACGUUGAUCGUGGCGCUAGGAAGUCCUAAGAACCUUCCAGCUUUGCCUGGUUCAGGUUUAGGCGCCAAAUUACGCGGCAAACACAAUCCGGAUUUGAUUCAAGAACGAAAGACGCAAUUGGCCAUCGUACUCAACGCUAUCGCUAAUGACUCCAAGUUGGCUGAUAAGGAGCCAUUUCAAAAGUUUGUCGAGUGUUGA